UCUAUGCUGUUUUGGUGAUUCAUUGUUGUGUGCCUGUAACACAGCAACACUUUCUCAGAAAUGUGUUCAAAAGUUCUUCGUUCGUAAAAAAAAACACAUAAAGUGACCAACAUCUUCCCUGCAUGACAUCAUAGGGCAACAGUGCCCCCAUUUUCCCAGAAAAGCAAUGAUUCUAAAAAGUGCAAUGUUCCCAGCAUUCAACCCCCAAAAUAUCAGUAGGCUUUCAUACAUCAAAGGAAAGUGUUGCACAGAAGUGCAUACAAGAAAAUUUAUCAAUGCAAACAAUGCAAAAAGUAUGUUCACAAUACAUGUGCAUGUACUUGCCAGCCAUGAGGACUUUUAAAAUUGUUUCUUCGAAGCCAAGUACAGGAGUUAUUUCUUGAUGAUGUAUAUUUUAUUUGAAUAUGGAAAAUAGGAAAACAAAAAUUCUGCACAAUUUAAUUUCAGUUGGAAAAUGGUGGACUUUGAACCCUCCUGUUCAGGCAAAUUUUGUAAGUCCAUGUAAAUCCACAUUUGCUACAUGUAGUUCAGCCUGUCACCUUGUGAAUGUAAUACCCAGAGGUUUUUAUUUUGCGCAAGAAAUAAAGACCAGAAAACUGUAAAGCCUUUCAGUACCCUUCCACUCUGUUGACAUUUAAGCUUAGAAAUCACUGUAGCGUGACAACAGUCUCCACCACAAGAAAAGCCUGCUCCUGUACAGGCUAGCAACGCACAAUGAAAAACUGUCAGUAGCGGAUUCUCCUAUCAUCACUCAGGGCUGCUAAGUCUUGUGUGCACCAAUGACUAAACCUAAAAUAUCAACUCGUUGAGUCAUAUCUAACCACAGAGGUGUCUGCAAGUUUGUACAACUUUGCCCACCUCCCUGGUUCAGUUGAAGUGCUGUGGAUGGAAGCUGAAGGAAUUCUCCAUUUUUUCCCUCUUGCACAUACCGCACUUGUUGUAAGAGCACUGUACCAACAAUGCAAACUUCUUUAUUGGUUGUACUGAUAUUUGUAGAAGAGUAGUUGAAAUGUGUUCUAAUUUCUUCAAAUGCUUUAGACCUGCAUUUAGACACUGAGCCGGGCAUUGAAACUUGUUUGUUCACAGAUGAGAAGUGGACGUGUGCACGCAGAACAAGGAAUUGACAUGCCUGCCAGUGACAAUGGCCCCACAAUGCAACAGCAGCAAGGCAUUAUGGGAUCCAGUGCAUCCCUCCAAGGAGGGAUAGCACAGAGCACACUCGUACAUGCUGCUGCUGUCAACGGAGACAAGAGUGCACUUAGUAAACUACUCAACAAUAGUCAUGAUGAUAUCAAUGCUGGGGAUCAGUUUGGACGGACUCCACUGAUGCUUACUGUACUUGCUGACCGACUGGAAUGCGCUGAGCUUCUCAUUAAGCAUGGAGCCAAUAUCAACAGCAUUGACAGUGUUGGGAGGACUGCGUUCCACUGGGCAGCGUACAAGGGUAACCUCAGAUUUUGCAAGCUCCUUCUAGCCAAGGGAGCUAACUGGAGGAUAAAAGACAGGGAAGGACAAUCGGCAUUGCACCUAGCAACUCGCCAUGACAACACCAAAUGUCUGAUGUUGCUGAUUAAACAGCUGGAGCCGGGGGAACAAGAUGAACAGGACAAUGCAAAGAGGACUGCCCUACACUGGAGUUCUUCCUAUGGGAAUGAAGAGGCUGUCAAGCUUCUUAUUAAACACAAUUCUAACAUUGGCAUACCUGACGUUGAUGGCAAGACGCCAUUGCAUUGGGCUGCGAGUGCUGGUCAUGACACGUCUGCCGUCAACACCGUGCAGCUUAUACUGGAGACAGAGCCCAGUGUGAUCACGUGGCAGGACUACGAGGGUCGGACUGCCCUGCAUCUGGCUGUUGCCCAGGGCAACGAGACCAUAGCCAAGCAGCUAAUCAACUUCCAGACAAGCUUGGUGAAGUGCAAUGUGUCAGUUCUAGACAACAUGUUCCGCACCCCUCUACACUGGGCAGCAGUACUUGGCCACACCCAUAUUGUGGACCUUUUGCUGGAUGCAGGUGCCAAUGUGACCAGCUCAGAUGCUAACGGGGCAACACCCCUGCAUUAUGCUGCACAGAACAACCAUGCUGAUACGGUGGCAGCUUUUCUGAGUCGUGAUGGCAUUACGGAUGAGCCAGACCUGGAGGGGCGGACCGCACUGAUGUGGGCUGCUGGCAAAGGUGCUGAUGCCGUGAUUGUACGCAUGGUUGACAUCAGCCAGCCGGACAUCAAUGCUACAGAUAAAACGGGUGCAACAGCCUUACAUGCGGCAGCUAUGUGUGGCCAUCCAAGCACAAUUCAAGUACUUCUAGAGCUGGAUGCAAAUGUGAACAUGCUGGAUCAGUCCAAACAUACCCCACUAUUCAGGGCAGCAGAGAUGGGCCAUACGCUUGUGGCCAAAGCACUUGUACAAGGUGGUGCCCAUGUUGAUAUCAUUGAUCAAGAGGGUCGGUCACCUCUUCACUGGGCAGCAUUGGGUGGCCACACCUGUAUCUGUGCCAUCCUGGUUGGGGAGGGCAUUGACCCCAACAUCCAGGAUUUCAAUGGGAGAACCCCGCUGCAAUGUGCCAGUUAUGGAGGAUUCACCAACAGCAUAUCCUUGCUGCUUGAGAAGGGCGCUGACCCAAAUUCUCAGGAUAUCGAGGGCAUGACUGCAUUACACUGGUGCUGCAGCUCUGGUUACCUGGAUGCCGCCAAGCUACUGCUGGACCACUGUGCCUUCCCCAACCACAUUGAGUACACGGAGGACCGCUUCACGCCUCUUGAUUAUGCCCUGCUGAAUGAACACCAUCACAUUGCACAGUAUAUGAUCGAGCAGGGGGCGCUAUCCAUCACAGGCAUCCGUGACAUCGCUGCCAUUCGGAUACAGGCCUACUUCCGAGGAUACCGAGUCCGCAAAACGUUUGUUGAGAGGAAGAAGUUACUUAUGAAGCAUGAGCAGCUGAGGAAGGAUGCUGCCAAGAAGAGAGUGGAAAUGACCAAGAAAAUUGAGACCAAAGAAACCUUAAAAGCAAACACAGGAAACUGUGAUGCCCAGACAGGACAACUUAACAGUGAUCAGAUAGAGAAAAGUGGAAAAACUGAAGAAGUGUCUUCUGAACUGCGACUGGAACAAACCAAUUGUGAAUUGGAAACAGAACUGGAGUUGGGACAACCCAAGAAACGAUGCUGGGAAACAGAUAUACAGACAGCUGGCAAAGCAAGCAACGAGGAUAUAGACAUCAAAGGAGAGGAUGGGAGCUUGAGGUCAGAGGUCAGAGAUGAAAACCAGUCAUCAGAUCGUACCACUUCAGACAGGGGAAGGCACAACUUGGACAAGCUUAAUGUAAGAGAAUCACAAACACGAAAAGGCAGUGAGCACAAGAAUGAUCUUGUUAAAGAACAGGAGACUGCGAGCGUUCUAUAUUUGCAGUCAUCAGAAGGUGCAAAAAUCAUGGCGAGGAAUCAAGAAAGAACUGAAAAUAAUAUUUCCCUUGUGAACAACCAUACAGACGUUCGGGCUGGCACUGCAAAUGCAAACUCAAACAACAGCAACAGUAAUCCAGACAUUGUUUCGGGAAGUGACAAAAGAACAGAGCAUGGGAAGUUUGAGGAGAGGAGACAUCUUGGGGGACAGGACAGGUGUACACACACUGGUGGUAAUACUGUCACCCAUCAAUUGUCAACUGAGGAUAGGCAACAGGUGGUUGAGAGAGAGAGGCGGAGACUCACAGUUUGGAGGAGGGAAAGUGACUCAGCAAUCACCAUUCAAAGGGCAUGGAAAAAUUUUAAGCAGCACCAGUUGCACAGGAAUGUCAGUCAUUAUCUGGACUUCAGUAACACUAAACAAUGGGCAAACAGGAGAAAAGUCCCUAUGUCACACCACAGGAUAGACCCCAGGUCAGAUGAGGCAGGGGAUCAUCAUCUGUCAGCUGCCCACACUAUCAAGCAACCUUGGAGGGGUUACAACUUGAACAAGCUUCAGUCAGCAUCGAAGGCUGGGAGCAUUAGUCAACCCCGGCUGAAUGCUCUCAAACAUGCUGUACUGAUGAAUAAGACAUACGGCAACAAGCAGAUGGCUAGCGAACCACAGCAUUCUUCCUCAUUUGUCAGCAGAGCACGCCCUCACUACCAGCGUUACAUCCCAUCCCCUGCAGCAUUGUCGUUCAACUUUGCAAUGGAUCAGUAUCGGCCCAUGGUCCGGAAUAUCAGAACCCCAGCCAGCUUGGAGAUGCUUAAUCACCGAACAAAACAAGACACCAAUCAACACAACAGUAGUUUGUAUACAGGUCCACAGAGGGCUGAUUGUGAGCAGUCUCCUAAGAAUGCAAGAAGCUUUUAUUACAAUCACUGCAGUUAAUUUGAAAUUUAGGCCCCAUUUUGGUUAUUUAUUGGAUUAUGAAUAUAGCAUGCAAUUCUGCAUUGUCGGAGGAUAAAUGAAAAAACUCUCCAAGUUCCAUUUACCCCCUGGAAUGAACUUACCGAGGGUCGGAGGAGAAAAAAAUAAUCAAAUUUAGUCCAUUGUUUAUUUUUCAAAGCACUUAAAAACCAUCAGGAAUAAAUAGUGUUAAUUUUGUUGUGUUUUGUUUUUGUUUUUUGUUUUUUUGGUGGGUUCAUAAUUCAACUUGUCCCCCGAAACUUGUUAGAAAUUCUAUAUUUUAAUAUUUUUAUAUAUUUAUAAAAUAAUUACUGCCCUAGAGGUAGAUGAAUUGCCAUAUUUUAUGAGGGCAUUUUUUGUUUUCUUCCCUUAAACUGUAAAGAAAGAUUGUUCAUACAAAUCUUUAAAAAAUUUCUUCAUUUUCUUCAAGUUCUUCCAAAAGUCAUUAUUUUCUUCGGACAGUACCUGACAUGUACUGUAGUAUAUUUUCCAUAUAUGUACAUAUAUUCUUAAUACUUUUAAUGUGCCUUUCUAAUUUACCCUUGGGAAAGAUUUUUGUAAUUUGUGACUAUUAAAGUAGUAUCUUUUGAAUAAACCUGAUCUCGAACUGAAAUGUAGCCUGUACUUGUAUAUAAAUACGCUUGGCUUAAAUAGAAAGCUCUCAUUCAGUCUGCUUUUUAGUGUUCAUGAAAAUCUGUUUUGACUUAUUUCUACUUUGAUACCCUUCGCUGACGACGAAGAGAUUGGCUGAUGGGAAGAUUUAAACUGGGCUGAGGAUGUGCACAGUGCAUGCACAAAAACUGUACAUUAUGGGAAAUGCAUUAGCUGCUAUAUUAGAAUUUGGAAUUUUUGUUGACCUGUUUUCUAAAAUUUCCAUCAGGCAGGUAAGUCUGGUUGUGACAUUCAAAUCCUGGUUCAUUCAUGGAUUUCAAACCUUUGUAGGCUUUGCAGUGUCCAGGUGACGUGCAGUACUCUUUAGAUGUGAUUUUGUCACCGAUGUGCACAUAUCGUACAUGUACUUUUUGUAGCUGUACAUGCAGUACAGGUAUUAAUCAUUCCUUGUUAUAUUCUUAGAACUACCCGAAUUUGUUGCAACUUUUGUAUCGUAAAAAGUCUACAUGCAACCAAGUAUUCUACCUAUUAGAAUUAAAUUUCCAAUUAUACAAUUUGCUAUUCCUGGAUUUGUUACUGUGGUUUCAUGAAGAAACACAGACUGUACAUGUACCCUGAAUAUUCUGUUGCAUACUUUAAGUGAUACAAGUACAAAGCUGUGACUUCUGAGGGUAGAUUUUGGAGAGAGUGGUAAGAAAGGCGGUAACCUCUGAGGCAGUAUUGGACAGUGUCGAGUCAGGUAACACCUCUGAGGUUUGUUUUGGACACAGUGCUAAGUCAGGCAGUGACUUGAGGGUACAUUUGGACAGAGCGCUGAAGCAGGCAAUGCUCUCUGAAGGUAGAUUUGGACGGCAUCUUAAGUCGGGCAGUGAUCUCGGGUUUUGUUUUGGAUAGAGUGCCAAGUUAGGCAGUGACCUCUAGGGGUAGAUUUGGACGGUGUGCUAAGUAUUAAAGGCAAUGAUGUCUGAGGUUUGUUUUGGACAGAGUGUUGAGUCAGGCAAUGACGUCUGAGGUUUGUUUUGGACAGAGUGUUGAGUCACACAAUGAUGUCUGAGGUUUGUUUUGGACAGAAUGGUGAGUCAGGCAAUGACGUCUGAGGUUUGUUUUGGACAGAAUGGUGAGUCAGGCAAUGACCUCUGAGGUUUGUUUCGGACAGAGUGCUAAGUCGGAUAGUGACCUCUGAGGAUAGAUUUGGAUAGCUU